AUGGGAACCAACAAGCAAAUACUUCUUGAAUUCUCUGGUGGUCUUGAAGUAAUUUUUGAUGGAAAGAAAGAAUGCAAAAUUGAAUUAUCUACAACAAAGUUGACAAUAAAGGGAUUAUUGGAAUGGAUGGAACAAAAUAUGUUAAAAAAUAAUGAACGCAAAGAUAUGCUUAUUCAAAGAAACACAGUGCGGCCAGGAGUUUUAGUACUUGUUAAUCAAACAGAUUGGGAAAUUAUUGGAGGGAUGAAUGCUGAUUUAAACGAUGGAGACACUGUUACGUUCAUUUCUACAUUACAUGGAGGAUGA